AUGGCGUGGUGCAUAAGUCAUGAAUUAUAUUCCUUACAAAGGAUCGCAAGAUUCCCCUUUCUUCCCCUCCUUCGUCGCUUCUCCGCCGCCGCCUUCUCCGGCGACGUUCGCCUCUUUCCCUCCCUCAUCUUGCCCCAUUCUUCUUCCCCGAAGUCAAGCUCUCACAAGCUUGUUGCUCUCUCGAUCGCCGCCGUCGUCUCCGCACUCGUUGUUCUCGCCAUUGCCGUCUUCUUCUACCGGCGGAGGCGCAGCCGGAGGAGCGACCUCUCUGAAGACAAGACUUUCAGAUCGGAGAACAGCAGUAGGUUGUUUCCGGCCAGCAAUGCUGAGAGGACUAACACUAGGGCGCAGAAGCUGCGGACUGGCUCCGCCGCGAGUUCCGAGUUUCUCUACCUGGGGACUCUGGUCGAUUCGCGGAGGAUCGACGAAGGAGUCAAUCCGAGCAGUAAUGGCGAACGCGAAGACCGGUUUGACGCUCGGAAAAUGGAGUCGCCGGAGCUUCAUCCGCUUCCGCCGCUUGCUCGGCAGAAUUUGGGGCUUAACAGUGGCAACAACGGUACUGAAGUGAAUUCCACUGCCGACGACGAAGAGGAAGAGUUUUACUCUCCGAGAGGGUCUUUGGGCGGACGAGAUAGCUCAAUUGGCACUGGAUCGGGUUCGAGGAGAGCUUUCGCCGCCGUGGCCGGCGAAAAUUUCAAGGGAAGGAACAGUGGUUCUAGUGAAGCUUCGCGCACAUCGUCUUGUUCAGCUUCGCCUGAUCGUUCGCACUCGAUUAGCUACUCUCCGCCUGUGUGUUCUAGUCCCAAAAGAGCAGAAUUCAAGUCUUCCGUGUCUUCAGAUUUACAGGCUCCACCACCACCACCACCACCACAACCACAAAUGGCUAAUGAAAAGACCGUAAUUUCACCCUUUUCUUCUCCUGGGAAAGUUUCAGAGAAGAAUUCAGUUGUUUCACCACGGAUUUCCAAUGUUUCCCAUGAAAAUGUACGGUCUCCUUCGUUAUCUCCGCUUUCUUCUUCGCCAGAUAGAGCUCUGAAAGGAUACACAGGUACAUUUGAUGGAUUUAGGCCAUCUCCUUUACAGUCUUCGGCGUCGUCCUCACCGGAGAGAGGUUUGGAGAAGAUUCCAGAAGCAUCGCUUACAAAGCAAUCUCCCUCUUUGUCAUCUUCAUCGUCGUCAGAGAGAGCUCUCCAGGGACACAGCGAAGUAUCUCCUAGAACAUCAAAUGCUUCCGAAAGGAAGUGGCAGGUUUUUUCGCCGUCUCCACCUUCUCGCUCGCCGGAGCGAGAUUCGCCGAAAAACUCAGAUGCAAAAUCAAUCAUUUCGAAUGAUUCUGUUGGAUUUUCGUUUG